GUUAAAUCCGUAUAUAUAGAGUCCGUACGUAUGAGGCUGAUCUAAUUACUCCCAAGAGAAUAUUGCGGCUAAUUAUCCUCUUCCUCCCAUGGAGGUUCCCUACCCGAAUAAUCAGCCAUCUCUGUCUACUCCGGCGGGAAAUGUUGCCGGCAGCGGCGAAACUCACCCCACCGCCGCCGCAGAUCCUUUCAAUUUACCUCCUGGUUAUCGCUUUUGCCCUACUGACAAAGAGCUCGUUCUUGAAUAUCUCAAGAAGAAGUUACUGGACAAGGAUUUGCCUCCCAACCGAAUUGUGGAAGUGGAACUCUACAAGCAAACCCCAGAUCAGCUUUCCACUAACAAUGCAAUGGUUGGAGAAAACGAAUGGUACUUUUUCACACCGAGAGACAAAAAGUACCCGAAUGGAACCAGACCGAACCGAGCGGCUGGGAGUGCCGAGCCUGGGUCUACAAAUGGGUACUGGAAGGCAACCGGAAAGGACAGAACCAUUCAAGACGGGAAGACGACCAUAGGCUUUAAAAAGUCUUUGGUCUUCUAUGAAGGAAAGCCACCAAAUGGCACAAAGACCUCGUGGCUGAUGCAUGAAUAUAGAGUCGAUGCCCCAAUAUCAAUAACUGCGAAAGUCAAGUGCCCAAGCAUGAGGUUGGAUAAGUGGGUGCUUUGCAAGAUCUACAAGAAUAAAGCCUCCUCCGGAAAGAAAGAUGCAGACAAAGAAGUCUCGAAAGCCAACUCAACAUAUGAACUUAUUCAGAGUCGUAUCCAGCCACUCUCCUACUAUCAUGAUGACAUGGAUUACUAUCUCAGAUCGUUCCAGUAACCCUGCAUUGACUAUGAUAAUGCCUGCGUAACAGUUUGCUAGAUGUAGUGAAUUAGGUUUAAAUCAGUGAUCCCCCCCCCCCUUGAGUUUCUUAAGCUGCUUGUUUGCCAGCUAUAUAGGCUUAGAAGAAUAUUUGGUGUGCAAUGUGAUUAGGGAUGGUCCAUGUGUAGAACUGACACCGGACCGGGACCGGAUCAUUGUCUAAAUGUGAUGGACUGUUCUUUUUUCUCAACUUGUCAAAUUGGG